UCAGCCAUUACUUUCCUUGGCUCGCUUAUAGGAAUCUCUUACAUUUGGUGCUUGCUGCUGGUGGUGGUGGAACCGCACUCGGAUUCUUUCAUCCCCCCCACCCCCUUGCUGUCCUCUCCUCCCUCCCUUUCUCCUUCCCUCUCUCCCUCCCUCCCUCCCCCGUUAUUCCGCCGGGGGAGCCGGAUUUGUGGCUGCGGUGGGGCGGGGGGGGACGAGAGCGAGAGGGAGAGCCGGCGAGAGACAUGGAUGGCCCGGCGCGAUGCAACGGGCUUCGGAAGAAGCGGCGAUCGCGGUCCCAGCGCGACCGGGAGCGGCGAGCCAAAGGCGGGCGGCGCGGCUGUGCCGCCGGCGGGGCCGCCGGCCCCGGGGCCGCCGCGCUCUCCUCCUCGGGCUCGGAGAAGGAAGACAAUGGGCCCCCGCCGCCGUCCCGGCCGCGGCCCCCCCGGAGGAAGCGGCGGGAGUCCUCCUCGGCCGAAGAGGACAUUAUCGACGGUUUCGCGAUGUCCAGCUUCGUCACUUUCGAGGCGCUGGAGAAGGACAUAGCUCUGAAACCUCAGGAACGUGUGGAGAAGCGACAGAACCCUCUAGCCAAGAAGAAAAGGGAAGCACUUACCAAUGGGCUGUCAUACCUUCCAAAAAAGAACAGGCUCCACCACCAUCAGUACAGCUCCGACCGGGAAAAUGACCGAAACCUGUGCCAGCACCUUGGGAAAAGGAAGAAGUUACCCAAGGGCCUCAGACAGGUGGGAGACAAGUUUCAUGCUGCGGGGAGGGAGGGCUCUGCCCGUUGGUUCAUGCUCAAGCCAGGCCAGAACAGCUGCCGAGACAGCGACAGCGAGAGCGCCAGCGGCGAGUCCAAGGGCUUCCAGCGCUGCAGCUCCCGGGAGAGGCUCAGCGACAGCUCAGCUCCUUCCAGCUUGGGAACAGGCUACUUUUGUGACAGCGACAGUGAUCAAGAAGAAAAGGCAUCUGAUGCCAGCUCUGAGAAACUGUUCAACGCUGUCACAAAUAAAGAUAAAGAGGUGGGAGUUGGCGCACUUGCUGACAAUGACGACCCUGGUGCUAGGGGCCCCGCUGUUCCCAAAAUAUCAGGACUAGAAAGGAGCCAAGAGAAGAGCCAGGACAGCAGCAAAGACCCAAUACUUGAGCCUGUGGUGCCUAAAGACCCCCGUCCUCAGGUGACGCCGCCGCCUCUGGAGCCGCCUCCCGAGGGCCGCUGCCCCAGCCCCGCGCUCGCCACACGCCCCGAGGCUCCGGCCCCGGCUCCCGCCCCGGCCGUGCCGGUGCCCCCGGCCCCCGAGGAGCCCGGCCGCCCGCCCGCCGGCCAGCCCUGCGGCCAGCCCUGUGGUCAGCCCUCCGGCCAGCCCUCCGGCCAGCCCCCGGCCGGCCAGCACCCGCCGCGGCCGCAGUCGCCGCUGCCCCCGGCACACCCGGCCCUGCCCGCUGCGCAGCCCCACCCUCAGAGCCUCUCGCAGCCGCUCUCUGCCUACAACAGCAGCAGCCUGAGCCUCAACAGCUUAAGCAGCAGCAGGAGCAGCACCCCCGCCAAGAGCCAGGCGCCUCCCCCGCACAUCUCUCACCACCCGUCGGCGUCGCCCUUCCCGCUGUCCCUGGCCAGCCACAGCCCCCUGCACAGCUUCCCGCCCGCCCUGCAGCCCCCCGCACACCCUCACCACCCCAAUAUGUUUGCCCCUCCCACGGCUCUGCCCCCGCCACCCCCGCUGACCUCAGGGACGCUGCAGGUUCCAGGACACCCGGCUGGGAGCACUUACUCAGAGCAAGACCUCCUGCGGCAGGAGCUGAACACGCGGUUCCUGGCCUCGCAGAGCGCCGACCGCGGGGCCUCGCUGGGCCCGCCGCCCUACCUGAGGACAGAGUUCCACCAGCACCAGCACCAGCACCAGCACACACACCAACACACCCACCAGCACACCUUCACGCCCUUCCCCCACGCCAUCCCUCCCACUGCCAUCAUGCCGACGCCAGCACCGCCCAUGGUGCGUACCCCAGGCAGAAAUUUUGACAAAUAUCCUACAAAAGUUGACCCCUUCUACCGUCACAGUCUGUUUCACUCCUAUCCUCCAGCUGUAUCAGGUAUUCCUCCCAUGAUCCCUCCCACCGGCCCCUUUGGCUCACUGCAAGGAGCUUUCCAACCCAAGACUUCCAAUCCUAUUGAUGUUGCAGCCAGACCUGGAACAGUCCCACAUACCCUGCUACAGAAGGAUCCACGGUUGACAGAUCCGUUCAGGCCCAUGUUGAGGAAACCUGGCAAGUGGUGUGCUAUGCAUGUUCACAUCGCCUGGCAGAUCUACCAUCACCAACAGAAAGUCAAGAAACAGAUGCAGUCUGACCCACACAAGCUGGACUUUGGCCUGAAACCAGAAUUUCUGAGCAGGCCACCAGGCCCCAGCCUGUUUGGAGCCAUCCACCACCCCCAUGACCUGGCUCGGCCAUCAACUCUCUUCUCCACAGCCAGUGGGGGGCAUCCAGCCGGGACCCCUUUUGGCCCACCACCCCACCACAGCAACUUCCUCAACCCAGCUGCUCAUUUAGAGCCCUUCAACCGGCCGGCGUCGUUCAGCGGCCUCACCGCCGUGGGCAGCAACGCCUUCGGGGGGCUCGGGAACCCCACAGUCACACCCAACUCAAUGUUCGGCCACAAGGAUGGCCCCAGUAUGCAGAGCUUUAGCAACCCUCACGAGCCCUGGAACCGACUGCACCGAACUCCUCCUUCGUUCCCGACCCCUCCGCCCUGGCUGAAGCCAGGAGAGCUGGAGCGCAGUUCAUCUGCUGCAGCUCAUGACAGAGAUAGAGAUGUAGAUAAACGAGACUCAUCUGUUAGUAAAGAUGACAAAGAAAGGGAGAGCAUUGAGAAAAGACACUCCAGCCAUCCUUCGCCAGCACCUAUCCAUCCAGUAAACUCCCUCGGACAUAACCGCAGCUCAAGUGAGCAGAUCAGGAGCCAUCUGAAUCCCGAGGUUCGAGAAAAAGAGAAACCCAAAGAACGAGAGAGGGAUCACUCCGAAUCUCGGAAGGAAAUUAAUGUUGAAGAGCACAAGGUGAAGGACAACUACGUUUCGGAGAAAGAAGGCCUGAGCCAUGAAAGCCGAGUGGUGGAAGAGUCUAAGCAAAUGCCCAGGGUUCCUUCCCCCUAUGCCAGGCCCCCCGUUGUGGAGAGCACCAGGCCUAACAGCACUUCCAACCGCGAGGCCGACAGGAAGAAUGAGCCGGCGUACGACAACCCCAAGAAAAGCAACGAAGUCAAGGUGAAGGAAGAGCGAAAGGAAGACCAUGAUGUUCAGCCUGAGGGACCUCAGACUCAUAGGUCAUCUGAUCAGCCACCACCUAUAUCCACAUCUAACGUCCAUCCAAGUCCUUUAGUGUCUAUGCCCAUGACUGUAGGUGUGACUGGUAUACAUCACAUGAACAGCAUCAGUGGCCUGGACAGGACUCGCAUGAUGACCCCUUUUAUGGGAAUUAGCCCAAUUCCUGGUGGAGAACGUUUCCCCUAUCCUUCUUUCCACUGGGAUCCAAUGAGAGAUCCCUUGAGAGAUCCCUACAGAGAGCUGGAUAUUCAUCGGAGAGACCCCCUGGGCAGAGACUUUUUGCUAAGAAAUGACCCUCUCCAUCGCCUCUCUACGCCAAGGUUGUACGAAGCAGACAGGUCAUUCAGGGAUCGGGAACCUCACGACUACAACCACCACCACCACCACCACCACCCUCUGUCCGUGGACCCGCGCCGGGAGCACGAGAGGGGCGCCCACCUGGACGAGCGGGAGCGGCUGCACAUGCUCCGCGAGGACUACGAGCACGCGCGCCUGCACUCGGUGCACCCCGCCGCCCUGGACGGGCACCUGCCCCACCCCGGCCUCCUCACGCCAGGACUGCCCAGCAUGCACUACCCCCGCGUCAGUCCCCCCACGGGACACCAGAACGGCCUCCUCAAUAAAACUCCCCCCACAGCAGCUCUCAGUGCCCCUCCGCCUCUUAUCUCCACGCUGGGCCCUCGGCCCGGCUCUCCCAGGAGGACUACUCCUCUGUCCACAGAGAUGAGAGAGAGGCCUCCCUCUCACACCCUCAAGGACAUCGAAGCUCGAUAAGCAGAGUGAGACUCAAUGAAAAUCAGAGCAAGAGGGACAAAAACUUGUAAAUGAACAUAAUAUAAAGACCUUCUUACUAGUCAUUGAUACAGACUGGGGAUGUGACCCACUGUACAAUAUGUAUAGACCUGAGUGCAAAGAUUUUGAAAUGAGUUUUUUUGUAUAUUAUAUGUUGAAAUUUUCCAGAUCUUUUAGCCAAUGUUCCAUAUGUUCCUCGUGUCUCCUACUCUAUUUUAUUUCUAGUUUAAAAAUUUCAAAAUUUGAACUGAAGAACAAGACAUCAGUCUGAGUGAUUUGACUAGAAACAAGCCACCACCAAUGUCAACCCUACAAAGCUCUUUCAAACCAGAAGUGAAGUCAAUUGUAGAUAUUUAUGUAAAAAGAUUGCUUCAUGGAUUAAUGGUUCAUAUAUGCAAAAAGGGUAAGAUGAAAGCUUUACUUUGUACAAAUGUAAAUAGAUAAAAUUAAGUAACAUAAUACAUUAAUACUUCUUAAACUGUGCUAUUUGCAAACUUAAUAUUGAUCAACACAGUCUGCUUAUGCUGUGUUACUUAUAUUGUUAUAGACAGCUAAACCCCUUCAACUAUGCAAUGAAUUUUAAGGCUUUUCACAAAAGCCUUUAUAACUCAAAGGAGCCUUUUCAACACACAACAUAAUUAAAGUCAUAUUUUCCCUGAACAAGCUCAUUUCUAAUGGAAGCCUACUUCUCUUGUUUUGAUGAAGAAACAGCCCUUCAGAGGUGUAAUUUUCUGUGUGAACCCUUGCAUCAGGCUGCUGAGGUCACUGUAGCUCGUGUGUCCCUUGGACGGUGUCAGGGUUAGUGCUCUGUGAUCACUGAUAUGGAAUCAUGGCAGAUUGGGUUUCAGUCAUAUUAAUCUGGAUUAAAUGGUAAUAAUGGAAUGCUGGAGAUUUUCCAGAACUUUUGUCACUUAACAUGUCAAAUUUAUUUUGGGGAGAACAUCUGCUUAUAGCCAUUCAUGUCUGGUUUUAUUGCCAGUGUGUCAUUUUUAUCUGUACACACAGUUUUUUGUGUUAAGGGAUUUUUAACUACAUUGAAACAAAUCCUACAAGAAAGUGAAUACUUUUCUAAAUGAUGGAUAUGUUUUCACUGUGGAUCAGUAGUUUAAUUCAUGAACUCCGUUGCAGAUUUCAUAAUGGAAUUUAUUGUAUUUCAGUUGGUAAUAAAAGUCUGUGAAUAGUUAACAGGUCAGCCUUGUUGUUCCCUAAUCAUAGAAGACAUGAAAUAACCUGAAGAACAUGGUCCUUUUAAAAAAUAUGCAUCAAUCUUCUGAAAUCUGUCUUUUCAUAAAACACUUUUUUAUAAUGCGUUAAGUUUCUUGUCUAAAUAUUUGGAGAGAAUAUGACUUUAUCAGAGAGAAUUCAAUAUCUUGUCUACUGGACUGUAAAAUAUAUGUAUGAAAUAAAAUUAGUUCCAUUGGUCUUCUAGUGUAUUAAAGUGCUAUCUGAAGUUGUUACCCUGUUUUGGCAAAAAAAAGAAAAAAAAGAAAAAAGUUAACUACAAACAGUUGUUUCUAAUGAUCAGAGAUCUAUUUUAGUAGUCAACUGAAGGUUUAGUUGUGAGCUUCAGAUUUUUGUGAACUCCAGAUGUUGUGCAGUGUUUCUUUUUUUUUUCUUUUUUUUUCUUUUUUUACAAUCAAAAGGAAAAAUACAAAAAAGUCCCAACCCUGAGGAAUAUGUACACUGGAACCGUAGUGGUAGCUUUCAGUAUUGUAAAGAGAUUGUUAUAUACAAACCUUUUUGCUGUUUAUCCUGUAUGUAAUAAAGUCCUUUCUAGAUCCUAUGUGAACAGAAAAGUGAAGCGGCUCUCAAUCUUCAGCAUGUUUCCUCCUCAGCGAAGACUUGUGUAAUGUAAAUUGUGCCAUGUUAUUAAAAAAUGUGAACUAAA